AUGGAAGAAUCACGAGUUGUUCAAAAAAAGAAGACAAAAUUUGGCUUUUUAUCAUUUCAAUUAUUUGAACGUUCAUCUCAUUUAUCUCUAUUAUAUCCUCGUUUUAACGAUGUUAAACUUGAACGACAUUAUAAAAAUCAAUAUUCUCGUAUUGUUGAACGGAAAACAUUUAUACUUUAUAUUCUAUUUUUAAUCGUACAUAAUGUUUUAUGGUCAGUUUAUAUUUUUAUUUCGACUUAUUUUACAGUAAAUGAUCGAUCUCAUCGUUCAGUUGUACCACUAUUAUUAUCAGCACCAUUUGCUGCAAAUUGUUUAUGCGCUAUAAUUUCAUUUGGAAUUUAUUAUAAAUUUAAUACUCAAACAAAAUUUAGUCAAGUUAUCAUAACGCUAUUGGCAUUAUUUUCAAUAUUUUUCUUUUGUUUCAUUACAUUAUUUCUAAGUUUUGAACCUGGUGGACACGUUAUUUUUAAUAUAACACGAUUCGUUUUUCCAUAUACUAUUAUUUUUCUUAUCUAUACAUUAUCAUGUAUUUCACUCUAUUUCACAUUACUAUUAAAUUUUGUUUUAUCAAUUGUAUACGAAUUUGCAACUGGUAUACGGACAGUGGAGGAAUUUGGGGCAAGAUUAAUUUUACAUAUAAUUGCACAUAUUAUUGGAAUUUAUAUUAAAAUUAUACUUGAAUCACAUAAUAGAAAUUCAUACUAUAAACUAUGUCAAAAUCAAAAAAUUCAGUCAUCUCUAUUGCAAGAACAUCAAUUAAUUUCAAAGAUGAUCGAUUCUCUCAUGCCACCAAAAUAUGCACAAGAAAUUACUAAAGAUUUUGAUUUUUUUCGUCAACGUAUUCAAAAUAUUAGUUCUCAACCACCCUCACCAUCAUUAGAACAAGAUCAACAGCCCAAUGCAAAUAGUGAAUCAGGUGUACUUCGACCGUUACACAUGGACAGAAUGGAAAAUGUUUCAAUAUUAUUCGCAGAUAUUGUUGGUUUUACUAGUAUGUCAUCGAAUAAAACAGCUGAUCAAUUAGUUCGUCUUUUAGCUGAUUUAUACGGAAGAUUUGAUGAUUUAUGUCUACAAAUGAAUUGUGAGAAGAUUGCCACAUUAGGCGAUUGUUACUAUUGUGUUAGUGGAUGCCCCGAGCCUCGACGAGAUCAUGCACGGUGUUGUAUCGAAAUGGGAUUAUCUAUGAUAAAUGCCAUUGAAGAAUUUGAUCAAGAUAAUAAUGAAAGUGUCGAUAUGAGAGUGGGAGUACAUUCGGGAUCGGUUAAUUGUGGAAUUAUUGGGACGAAAAAAUUUAAAUUUGAUAUAUUUUCGAAUGAUGUUACGCUGGCGAACAAAAUGGAGUCAUCGGGCAAACCAGGUUAUGUUCAUUUAACAGAGACAACGUACAAACUAUUGGAAGAUAAUUAUAAUGUCGAGCCAGGAGAACCCUAUCAGUUACAUAAUCAUACUACUGUUGCAACUUAUCUUAUAAAAAAACGUCAAUUAGAUCAUCGAAUAACACGAAAACCUCCGGCAAUGACUGCUGCAACAGCCGCAGCUAUUGCGGUUGCUUCUGGUGUAUCAAAUAUUGCUGUACCAUUGAUUGAGUCAGCCCAAGCAAAUCCAGAAACAAUACCGGAUGAUCAACAAAAUGUGACAAGUCCAUUAUUAGAAGAAACAAAUCGUGUUCGAUCAAAUACAUUGACUGACGACACGCUACCUGCUCCAUUGAUUGAUGAUGGAUUUACGUCAAAUGAUAUACAACUAACAACAGUUACCGUUCAACCAGAACAACGUGUUCGAGGUGCAACUAUUUCUUCUGUGGGUGCUGGUGAUACGGCAUCGACAACACCCGUUGGAUUUAUAGAUCAAUCUCAAUUGAUGCAAACUUUAAAUAUCCAAAUGUCACCAAUAACACUUUGUUUUACGGAUGGCAAAUUAGAAAAGUCUUAUGGCCAACAAAGUAUUGCAACAAAAUCUGCUGAACAAUCGCAACAGACCGUAACUUCUCGUCCAUUAUUUUAUUCAAAUACAUUAUUUAAUCUAUGUUUUGAUUCAUUUUUAUCAUUUUUAAUAUUAUUAUUAGGAUUUGCAUCUGUAUCUGCGGGUGUUAAAUUGCAUCUAUUUUGGAUUAUACCCUCAAUUAUAUUUCUAAUUACUGAAUUAGUAUUAGUUUGUCUACUAUUUUAUUUUUUUCGUCGAAAUAAACACUUAUCAUCUCCAUUAAGAUACAUCAUAUGUACACUCAAUUUUCUAUUCCCUAUUCUGAUGGUCUAUUUUCUACUUUAUAUUAAAAAUCAAAUUAAUGGUAUUUUCAUUAUACCCUAUUUAUUUAUAGCAAUAUUGACCGUACACUAUACACUUUAUUCCGGUGCCAUUAGUUAUUUGUAUAAACUGGGAUUAUCGAUUUUAUUUAUAGUUGGCUACGCAAUUCUCUCAAUUACUGUGAUCGAGAAAAAUACAUCAUUGAAUCGAUUUUAUCCAUAUGAAUUAUCUCUUCACAUCAUAUUAGCAUUUUUUCUAGUCCAUUUGAUUAGUCAUCAUUUAGAAUUAAAACAUCGUCAAUUAUUUUAUAUUGAUCAUAAAUCUAGUGAACAACAUUUAGAAAUGGGUAAAGAACGUGAACGAGCCGAUUGGCUAUUACGAAACAUUCUUCCAGAACAUGUCAUUGAACCAUUAAGGCUCAAAGGUGGUACAUAUUCCAAAAAUCAUGAAUGUGUCGGUGUUAUGUUUGCAACAUUGACUAAUUUUCAUGUUAUGUAUGAAGAACAAUUUGAAGGUGGAAGAUUUUAUUCUCGAGUACUAAACGAAUUCUAUGGUGAUAUUGAAGAGUUAUUUUUGAGUAAACGUUUUGAACGAAUUGAAAAAAUAAAAACAAUCGGUUCAACGUAUAUGGCUGCUAGUGGAUUACAAGGUGAAUCGAAUAGCAGUCUGGAACCGGUGUAUAAUCUAAUGGACUUUGCUCUGCAAUUUCAAGAGACAAUGCAAUCAUUUAACAAGGCUUUACUCUAUUUUGUUUUUGAACUACGAAUUGGAUUCAAUUAUGGACCAGUAACUGCUGGUGUUAUUGGCACAACAAAACUAUUUUACGAUAUAUGGGGUGAUACAGUAAAUGUUGCUUCAAGAAUGGAUUCAACAGGAACAGCAAAUUUUAUUCAGGUACCGGAACAUGUCGCUCAAACAUUGAGUGAUCGAACAUUAAGUCUACAUAGUAUGUCUACAAAGAAGAAACAAGCCAACAUUAUUCCAAAAUACAGUCAUGGUAGACAUGAAUGUAGUAAAUGUAAAGAGUCUGGCACUGUUUUAGUGGUAUGUACAAAAUGUGAUCAACAAUUUUGUAAUAAACACUAUAAACAGCAUCAAAUUGAACUUAAACAUGAUAUAGACCAUGUAAUUCAAAAACAUGCUGUGGUAAAUAAAGAAAUUAUUGGAGGACUUGAAGAUUAUUCUGAACGUGAUCAUCGUGAGAACAAUCGGAGCUCACCUGUAAGCGAGCGAAAUCUACUGGAAGGUGGAGAUAAUGCAGUUAUUAAUCAUAUUGAAUCAACGCUAAUUGGUAAAAUAAAUCGCUGGGAACAUGAUAUGGUUCAACGAAUUAAAUCUGCCGCUAAUCAAGCCCGUAAUACAAUAUCGAGUAUAACCCAUGAUCAUCAGAAUGAAAUUUUUAACGAUUUUCAACGAUUGACAAAUGAAUUUGAUGCGAAACGGGCUCAUAAUAACUAUAGUGAACGUGACAUUAAACAAUGGAAUCAAAAACUUGAUCAAAUUCAACAAAAAGUAAACAAUGCUAUUCAAAUUGAUACAGAACAAAGUCAAAUAAUAAAUUGGUCAAAAAUGAUCAUAGUCAAAUGGAAUGGUAAAACGGUUACGAGUACUGUACGACAGAUGCCACUACUAACACCACGUAUGCAAGAACCACCGAUGCAUGACGAACCCAUUCAUAAUCAACAGCAACGAAUUCCACCUCAAACGAAUUUACAGCAACUUCAAUAUUUUACAAAUCUAAUGUCUCAAAAACCUUUUAAAAUUAUGCGUACAAAAAAUGAAUAUGGUGGUCUCAUUUGUGCAUCGGAUAAUCGAAUUUUAUAUCAGGACACAGACGAUACUUUAUGUUUGAUUGAUUAUGCAUGUAAAAAUAAACAAGUUACUAAAUGGAUCAAGGAAGAGGAAAUUGUUGAUAUGUGCUGUCUCAAAUUAUUAGAUCAAUUUAUGUUACUAACAAAUAAAAAAAUUUUUAUAUUACAUCCAUUUGAUUUACAAAUACACAAUAAUUCAAAACAAAUUCAUUCUAAUGAAGGUGAAUAUAAAAGUUGUACAAAUAUGGAUGAUACUUUAUUUCUAAGUUUUAAUAAACCAAAUUCUCCAAUAGAACAAUGGAAUAUACACGAAUGGAAAUUAGUUAAACGAUGGACAAAACUAUUUGAUAAAGAUGAUAAUCUUAAAUGUAUUCGAUUUUUAAAUAAUACUCAAUUGGCAUUGUUAAUCGAUAAUCAAUUGGAAAUACGUAAUCGUAUUACAAUGAAUAUUAUUCGUGCAACAAAAUUUGUCGAUGUUAGUACAUAUGGUCUUAUCUGUUUACCAACAAUACAAAAUUAUUGUUUAGUUAUUAAUCAUAGUUAUCAUGAGAAUAUUGCACAAGCAUCUAAUUUACUAAUAAUUAAUGAUAAUGGACAAAAAAUAAAAACAAUGCAUUACAAUGAACCAAUAUGGUCCAUGAUUUAUUUUCAAGAUAAAAAUACGUUUAUUAUACGAACAUUAAAUGAAAUGUUAUUCUAUACAGCUUAA